AUACAAACAGUAUAUUUGUUCAACUGCGUUUAAAUCUGGGUCAGCUCUUGAAAAUCUCUGUUGUGAAGAAUUUCCCUAAAAAGUAUAGCAAAUACGAGCGAGAAUAAAUAUCUUCAAUUUGUAAACCCUAGCCUGAUUUACAAGCCUUCAAUUGGAGAUUGGAUUAGAUGGGAGUUCCAGCGUUUUAUAGGUGGCUUGCGGAUCGAUAUCCACUUUCAAUUGUUGAUGUUGUUGAAGAAGAGGCCAGAGAGGACGAGAAUGGCGUGCUUAUACCUGUUGAUUCGUGUAAACCUAAUCCAAACAACAUGGAAUUUGAUAACCUCUACUUGGAUAUGAACGGGAUUAUUCAUCCUUGCUUUCAUCCCGAGGGGAAGACUGCUCCUGCAACUUAUGAUGAUGUAUUCAAGUCAAUAUUUGAUUAUAUUGACCACUUAUUCUCAUUGGUUCGCCCUAGACAACUUCUUUAUAUGGCAAUUGAUGGGGUGGCUCCGAGGGCUAAAAUGAAUCAGCAAAGGUCUCGACGUUUCAGAGCUUCUAAAGAUGCUGCUGAGGCAGAAGCCGAGGAGGAGAGGUUGAGAAACGAAUUUGAGGCUGAGGGGGCUAAUCUUACUCCUAAACAAAAGUUUGAAACAUCAGAUACCAAUGUCAUCACACCUGGAACUCAGUUCAUGGCUGUUCUUUCCGUAGCACUUCAGUAUUAUAUACAGUCUAGAUUAAACCAUAAUCCUGGCUGGCAAUAUACAAAGGUUAUUCUUUCUGAUUCAAAUGUCCCCGGGGAGGGAGAGCACAAGAUAAUGUCCUACAUUCGGUUACAGCGGAAUCAGCCUGGUUUUAAUCCCAACACUCGCCAUUGUCUGUAUGGAUUGGACGCGGACCUAAUCAUGUUAUCUCUAGCCACACAUGAAGUUCACUUUUCAAUUCUAAGGGAGGUGAUUACUCUUCCUGGGCAACAGGAGAAGUGUUUUUUAUGCAGUCAAGUUGGUCAUCUUGCUGCUGACUGCCGUGGUGCUCCUAAUAAGUACCUUCUAGACAGUAUUCCUAUCCACAAGAAGAAAUAUCAGUUCUUGAACAUAUGGACUUUGCGAGAGUAUUUGCAAUAUGAUCUCCAGAUUUCCAACCAUCCAUCUGAAAUUGAUUUUGAAAGAUUGAUUGAUGAUUUCGUGUUUCUUUGUUUUUUUGUUGGCAACGACUUCCUUCCUCACAUGCCUACACUUGAAAUACGAGAGGGUGCUAUAAAUCUGCUUAUGUUUGUCUAUAGAAGGGAAUUUACAGCAAUGGGUGGUUAUCUCACUGAUGCCGGUGAGGUUUUGCUUGAUAGAGUUGAACACUUCAUUCAGGCAGUUGCCGUUUACGAAGAUCAAAUCUUUCAAAAGCGGGCUCGUCUGCAGAAGGCACAAGAGAACAACGAAGAGAUGCGAAAUAAAGCAAGGAAAGAGGUUAAAGAUGUAACACAAGCUGUUGCUGUUGACAAGGUGAAAUUAGGGGAACCUGGUUAUAAAGAGAGGUAUUACUGCGAGAAAUUUGAGUUAUCAGAUAUGAACCAAAUUGAUGAAAUCAAAAGAGAUGUUGUUUUGCAUUAUGUGGAAGGUUUGUGCUGGGUUUGCCGGUAUUACUACCAGGGUGUCUGCUCGUGGCAAUGGUUUUAUCCGUAUCAUUAUGCUCCUUUUGCUUCCGAUCUUAAAGAUCUAGCUGAUUUGGAGAUUUUGUUCUUUCCUGGAGAGCCUUUUAAACCUUUCGAUCAACUCAUGGGAACCUUACCAGCUGCAAGUUCUGGUGCUCUACCUGAAAAAUUCAGGAAUUUAAUGACAGAUCCAUCAUCGCCUAUUCACGAGUUUUAUCCUUCUGAUUUUGCAAUUGACAUGAAUGGGAAGCGGUUUGCUUGGCAGGGUAUUGCCAAAUUGCCAUUUAUUGAUGAGAAGAAACUGAUUGCCGAAACAAGGAAGCUUGAGGACACUUUAACGGAGGAGGAGCAUAUGCGAAACAGGGUUAUGUAUGAUCUGCUGUACGUUAAUCCUUAUCAUGCAUUGUCUCCCUAUAUAGUCUCAUACUAUAACUUCGUUAACCAGAUGCCCGUUAACCAAAGAGUUCCCUGGCCAAUUGAUCCAAAUGCAAGUGGCGGAAUGAAUGGAUUUAUGUUUUUGUGUGAGAGGAAUGGAUUUAGAAUUGUAGUUACUUCUCCUGUUCGUGGACUGCCGGACAUUAAUGAUAACCAUGUUCUAAAUGUGUCGUUUUUGAACCCAGUACCUCAUCAACACCUUCCAUUUCCUCCUAAAGGGGUAGCUAUGCCUGGAAGGAUUCUGAAAUCAUUCGACAUAAAGCCGUUGCCUGUGCUAUGGCAUGAUGAUAAUAGUGGUCGGCGCCAACAAAAUCGAGAUAGGCCACAAGUGCCGGGGUCCAUAUCUGGCCCUCAGCUGGGAGAAGCAGCCCAUCGCCUGCUAAAAAAUUCACUGAAUAUCAAAUCUAGUCCAACAUCAUCUGGAUAUUCUGGACAAAUGUUGCAUAGAAAUCACCCAAAUAAUAAUGCAACAUACAGACCAAGAGCAGUUGGUCCAUUGGGAUAUGACCCAAGAUUUUCAAAGGAUCCUGUCUACUAUCAUACACCUGAAGGAAUAGUUAGAAGCCCCAAGCCCAGCUAUGCCUCAAAUGGGUACCAAGGGAACAAGCAGAAUUUCAAGGCACAAGAGAGGUUCUCAUAUCAAGAACAGUACUUGAACAUCGGAAAUGGAAUGUCUAAUUUGACGAUAGAUGGUGGUGCUAGAAGUCAACAAAAUGCAGUGAUGCCAAUGCGAAUGCCUAAUCCAGGUCAAUCACCAAAUGUGCGACAACAAUUUAUGCAAAAUGUUGGACCACCUCCAUCCCCACCAAGUAGGUGGAUUGCUCGAUCAACAGUUGGAACUACUAGUAUGAAACAAGAUAAGCAGAUAAAGCAGGUCUAUCAGAUAAAGAGUCGGACAUCUCAGAACAUGUCAGAUUCAGGAUUGCAGCAGUAAUAUUCGGAUUUGGAAGGGUGUUUGAUCCUUGGUACCCCCUCCUAAUUUGUAAGUUGUGAUGUCUUCCUGAUGGUGCCAACAAUUGUCAUCUGGUGCCAAGUCAAUACUAGUGAGAGAGUGGUCCUCUGUUGAGUAGACACCCCUUAGAGUACCUGUUGUACAUUUAGUUUCAGAAAUUUGUAGGAAUAUAUGGGUAAGGUUUUUUCUCUACCUUUCAGUAGAUUUAUUCAUUUUAAAAGCUUCUGAAAGUGAUGAUGCAAAUGUGGUACUAGUCUUCUUCCCUGUAUCUCGCUGUCAUCCCAAAGAUUAUAAUUUUAUUGAUGAUCAAUGAAGUACAAUGAGAAACAUGAUCUCCGAACAGGCCAUCUUACAUAAUAACAUAUCCAACAGACUGUCAAAUCUGAGCCUUUCCAGUCAGCAUCCCUUGGCAGAUUGCGUAUAAGAGAUGGCUGGUGUACUGAGAUUUUGAUGGCUUUUUAAUUAUCGUGUUUAGGGUUUCCUUUUGAUAAGCUCUGUGUCAUAUCUAGCAUGAGUGUGUUACUUUAUAUGCGUUUCUUUUUAGAAAAAUUGAAUAUACAGUUAUCAAAUGUGUAUCCUAUUACUGCAUGAAAUGAGCAUGGCAAUAUUUUUAUUUUUA